AGGGGGCGCGGUUGAUUCAACGUCACUUCCGCCUAUGUUUGAGAGACCAGCCGCCAAAAACCCAGCAAGCAGGGUAGCUGUUAAUUAUGGUGUCUAAGAAGGAGAAAAUCGAUAUCCGGAGGUUUAUAAAAGGUCAACUCCUUGAUGAGCCAGACCUUAGCACGCUGACCUUAAGAAUAUUGAGAAAACGAUACCUGGCUGAAGCAGGAUGUGAAUCAUUGAGCUCUGAAGCAAAACAAUAUAUGAAACAAGUUGUGCAAGAAGAACUCAUGAAAAUGCAGGAAAAUGAUGAGAGUGAAAGUGAGCCGGAAACCAAAAAACCACAGAAGAAAAGGAAGAGAGAGAGAGAAAAAGAGGAGUUGGAAAGUGAAGAUGAAACCGAAUCCACAGCAAAGAAAUCACGAUCACAACACUCUGGCUCAUCAUCAGAUUCUGAAGAUGCGCAGAACCGUGAAGCAGGAAGUCAAAACAAAGAACAAAUUAGAUCUCAGUCUAAAAAUAAAGAAGCAGCAAAGGAAUCAAACCAGGAGAAAAGCAAAAAAGCUAAGCGGCGUGUCACAAGCGACGAGUCUUCAGAUGAAGAGAUGAAUGAGUCAGAAGAGGAUGGGAACGAGAGUCCGAGUCCAGAGGAGACGGUGAAAAAGAAAGUCAGUGCUGCUGAGAGCAAAGAGACGAGACACGUCGAUGCAAGUGGAGGGAAAAAAACACCAAGGGGCGACGAGGAGAGUGAAAGUGAUGCAGACAGUAAGUCGGAGAAAAGUGAAAAAAUCAAGGAUGGUGAUUCUUCUGCCAGUGAAAAAGUAGAAGAAAAUGCGAAGAAGAAAAAUGAUUCAGACUCGGAUUCAUCAUCGCUGCCAUCUUUGGACGAAGAGAAGAAAAGCGACCCAGAAAAAAAUAAAAAUGUAAAGAUGAAAAAGAAAACAAAGAAGACAGAUGAGAAGAACCGAGGCCCAAAGGAUGAAGACAAAGCAGUCGUGCGACUCAAACGCUACAUCGCCCUCUGUGGCGUGAGGAGGAAUUACAAGAAGCUACUGGACGACUGCCGCUCCACUCGCUCCAAAGUGGCCGUUCUAAAGAAGGAGCUAGAAGACCUUGGGCUCCGUGGUAACCCCUCUAUUGAGAAAUGUAAGAAAAUUCGAUUGAAGAGAGAGGAAGCUCAGGAGUUGGCUGAACUUGACGUCCACAACAUCAUCUCCACCAAAGCAGGUCGGCCGAGACGCAGAGGAACCUCAGCCAUGCAGGUGCAGAAGGAACCUCCCUCCUCUUACCAGCGGACUCUGAACUCUGAUUCAGACUGCGACCAGGAAAACGACGCUCCCAAAGGACGCAGAAAGAUUUCAGAGUGGGCCAACCUUCAUGGGAUCAUCAGUGAUGAUGCAGACACUGACUGAACACGGACUGUUCCACUUUUAUACCAUUUGUUGUUGACUUGUUCAUAGUUAAGACUUUCUUUGUUACUGGAAGCUCAAUACUUUUAAUAACCUUUUAAGUAAAAUUUGAUAGUGAUUUUUUUUGAGUGCUCUGAUUAAAAUAAAAGUUAUGAUUUCUGAUUUCAUUUGAUUUUAAUUUUAUACUUUAAGCCAAUUUUACAUCUGCCUGUAGAUUCCUUUAAAUUUUGCAGACUGAUAAAGACUGAAAAAUCUGUCAGCAUUUCCACAGUUGCCAAAGUAUUUUCAUGGUUUUAAACUCAAAUUAAACAAUAAAAACAAAUCAGUGUGU